GUACCAGAGUGCAAAUUUACCCUGCACCAAGAUUUAUACUCCAUUUGCAUCGUUUCCACAGCCUUGUGUUAAAUUCGAUUGAGAUUUCGCGGGGGAACAAGCCGAAGCAGCUUCUUUUGUUUGGUAGUAAAAUGUAAAAACGGUGCAAGGGACGGGACGGCGGGGAUGGUGAAUUGAUAAUUCAAUACUAAUACAUGAACGCAAGAUGCUUAUAAUCCUGCGUUCCGGCUCUAGCCAGCGGGCACGCUGGUGGCGUUCUACGCGCCACUACCGCAGCUUUCUAACUUGCGCCUCUUCUCCUCCUUCACCUCGUCUGGUUCGCCCCGAUAUCGAAUUUGUUACUACAAUUACAGCGAAUACCAGCACCUACUAGAAAAUCGACGUCGUUGAGGUCGGCCGUUGAACCUCCUUCACCAUGUCCAAGGCUCGAGUCUAUGUAGAUAUCAAUGUUCUCCGCCCCAAAGAGUAUUGGGAUUACGAGUCUCUGACCGUCCAGUGGGGUGAUCAGGAUGACUAUGAGGUUGUUCGGAAAGUUGGAAGGGGUAAAUACAGUGAAGUUUUUGAAGGAAUAAACACCACUAGCAAUGAACGCUGUGUCAUCAAGAUCCUUAAACCUGUCAAGAAAAAGAAGAUAAAGAGGGAGAUAAAAAUACUUCAGAAUCUCUGUGGUGGCACAAACAUUGUGAAGUUGCUUGAUAUUGUCAGAGAUCAACACUCAAAGACUCCUAGCUUGAUAUUUGAAUAUGUGAACAGUACGGAUUUUAAAAUUUUGUACCCCACGCUGACAGAUUAUGACAUUCGCUACUAUAUAUACGAACUCCUUAAGGCAUUAGAUUACUGCCAUUCUCAAGGAAUUAUGCAUAGGGAUGUCAAGCCUCACAAUGUUAUGAUAGACCAUGAGCUGCGGAAACUUCGCCUGAUAGAUUGGGGUCUUGCUGAGUUCUACCAUCCGGGAAAGGAAUACAAUGUCCGUGUAGCCUCAAGGUACUUCAAGGGGCCUGAACUUCUUGUUGAUCUUCAAGACUAUGAUUAUUCUUUGGAUAUGUGGAGUCUUGGCUGCAUGUUUGCAGGAAUGAUAUUUCGCAAGGAGCCAUUCUUUUAUGGUCAUGACAACCAUGAUCAGUUGGUCAAAAUUGCCAAGGUUCUGGGGACGGACGAAUUAAAUGCAUAUUUGAACAAAUAUCAUCUGGAGCUUGAUCCCCAACUUGACGCCCUUGUUGGGAGGCAUAGCAGGAAGCCUUGGUCCAAAUUUAUUAAUGCAGAUAAUCAACAUCUAGUUUCUCCAGAGGCCAUUGAUUUUCUGGAUAAACUACUCCGCUAUGAUCACCAGGACAGGUUUACCGCAAGAGAAGCAAUGGCCCAUCCUUAUUUCUUGCAAGUGAGAGCUGCAGAGAAUAGCAGGGUGAGAACUCAGUAAACUCUGCAUCUUGAGGAUUUCAUUCAGCAUAAAUGUAAGGUAGGUGCCAUUAAUUUAUGAGUUGCCUCCUUACAUGUUUUAUACUAUUAGUUGCUGUGUUCCAGUUUUAAGCAGUUGUAUUUGACAUACAAGGUUAAUGAUACUAGUAGUUACACAAAUUUUAUGUUGUAUAUCUGCAUGGUAUUCGGGCUGUUUGAGAGGCUAUAUGUUGUAUUUUUACAUGUUUUUUACACAGUUUUUAACAGUUAAUUACAAUCUAUCGUUAAUACUAAAUUACUAAUAUAAUUGUGGCUUUGGAUA